AUGAGUCAACAACCAAGACGACGCCUUCCGGAAAACUACAUGGUUAUUUGGGUUGAUGAAAAUAUGGAUAUGACCAAUAAAGAUUGCCACAAUACACUUGCGCAAUUGCGCGGUGUUGUAAAUCAAGUCAUACCUUAUACGACAGCUGAAGAAUGUGUUCAACAGCUGAAUGAAAAUCCUGAAGAGAUAUCAUUUGUUAUCUCCUCAGGUGCACUUGGACAACAUAUGGUACCAAGUAUCCAUGGCAUGGCAAAAUUAAAUGCCAUAUACAUAUUUUGUGACAACAAACAAGAGCAUGAAAUAUGGACAAAAACUUGGACAAAAAUCAAAGGUAUCCAUACAUCCAUCCAACCAAUAUGUGAAGCAUUGCAACUGGUUGUCAAACGAUGCGAUAAAGAUAGUAUGUCAAUUAGUAUUAUCGAUGUGCAUGAAGGAGGUUCUACCGAAAAUCUCAAUCAGCUAGAACCCUCCUUCAUGUACUCACAAAUAUUCAAGGAGAUCCUCCUGAAUAUCGAACAUGGUCAAGAAGCCAUCAAAACCUUGGUCACUUUUUGGCAACAAGAAUACCAGGUCAACAUCCACGCACUAAAAAGUAUUGAUGAAUUUCAACGCACUUACCAUUCAUCGAACGCCAUCUGGUGGUACACACGCCAAACUUUCACGUACCAAAUGCUCAAUCUAGCAUUACGAACAUUAGAUGGCGGCAUACUCAUCAAAAUGGGGUUUUUUCUACGUGAUGUACACCGACAAAUCGAAGAGUUAUACAACAAACAAGUCAAUCGAGAUCAUGCACAGCCCAUUCUAGUCUUUCGGGGACAGGGAUUCCCGAAAGCAGAUUUCGAAGAACUUGCUAAAAAAACAGGUGGACUUAUAUCAUUCAAUAACUUUCUAUCCACCAGUACAAAUCGAGAUGUAUCGUUUUUCUUCGCUGAAAGCGCCUUAGAAACAACCGAUAAAGUCGGUAUCCUUUUCCAGAUGACCAUCGAUCCCAUUGUCUCAUCCACUCCUUUUGCCUCCAUCCAAACGCUGAGUGAUUUCGUCCAAGAAGAGGAAAUGCUCUUUUCCAUGCACACCGUGUUUCGAAUUGAUGAAAUUCGAAAAAUUGACAACGAUCGUGCACUUUAUCAGGUGGAUCUAAAACUUACCUCAGAUGAUGAUCCACAACUUCGUGAAUUAGCUGACUUUAUACGAAAAGAGGUCAGCGGCACCGGAUGGUAUCGACUGGGGCAAUUGCUGCUCAAAAUAGGUCAAUUCGACAAGGCCGAAGAAUUGUAUAUGGCACUACUAGAACAGGCAUCGGAUGAUAGUGACCGAGCACCUAUCUAUAAUAUGCUUGGAGAGGUGAGAUAUGAUCAAGGACAAUAUCAAGAAGCAAUUUCACUUUCGAAAACCGCUCUCGCGACCUAUCACAAAACUCUACCGAAAAAUCACCCAACGUUGGCUGAAAUCUACAAUAAUAUCGGUGUAGGGCAUAGUCUCAUGGGAAAUUAUUCGACAGCAGUUGAAUAUUUCGAAAGAGCACUUAAAAUAAGGGAAAAUAGUCUGCCUCCGACACAUUCCGAUUUGGCCGAAUCCUACACCUCGAUCGCUGCAGCGCAAAACAGCAUCGGUGACUACUCGAAAGCACUUGAAUUUUACGAAAAAUCACUUGAAAUACGAAAAAAAGCUCUGCCUUCGGAUCAUCCCUCAUUGGCUACUUCAUAUAACAACAUCGGUCGAAGGUACAGCGACACGGGUGACUACUCGAAAGCACUUGAAUUUUACGAAAAAUCACAUAAAAUCUACGAAAAAGCUCCGCCUUCGAAUCAUCCAGAUUUGGCCAUUUCGUUCGACAACAUCGGUCAAGUGUAUAAUAAUAUGGGUGACUAUUCGAAAGCACAUCAAAUAGCUAAAAUAGCCCACCCUCCGAAUCAUCCUGCACUGGGCGGUUCAUACAACAGCAUUGGCGGAUUGUACAGCGACAUGGGUGACUACUCGAAAGCACUUGCAUUUUACGAAAAAUCACAUCAAAUCUUCGAAAAAGCUCUGCCGUCGAAUCAUCCCUCAUUGGCUACUUCGUACAACAACAUCGGUGGAGUGUACAACAGUAUAGGUGACUACUCAAAAGCACUUCAAUAUUCCGAAAAAGAUCUAAAAAUCACAAAAAAAGCUCUGCCUUCGAAUCCUCCCUCAUUGGCUACUUCAUACAACAACAUCGGUCAAGUGUAUAAUAACAUGGGUGACUACUCGAAAGCACUUGAACUUUAUGAAAAAUCACAUAACAUACUAGAAAAAGCUCUGCCUUCGAAUCAUCC